AGCUGGUUUAAAGGAAGCCUGCAGUCUAGCCAGAGCCACGUCUUCACUUACGGUAAUGGUACCUUGAGUGCGUUAAGUUUAACGGAUAUCUCAUAUGACCGGAAUUGCGACAGUUAUUUACUAAGUGCAUACUAUUGGGCAAAACAAGGGUACAGGCACUUUCAGUCAAAAUCUGGAGAUUUCCUCUUUUUCUUAGGAAAAUACUUCAAGCUACUGCCCGGCCAUGUUGCUAAAGAAAGGUUAAUCCGAAUGAUAAGUAACGAGAAAAUUGCAGGGCUGCCAAAAAUACCUUACUCUGAACUGAAGAAGGUUCAUUUCUUUUGUAAGACAUGCGCCCAAAUGAAAGAUAAAACAAUGUCCUAUAAGAACAUGGUGGGAGCCAAGGCCACGAAGCCACUCCACACGGACUCAACUGGUAAAUUGGCUGUU